AUGGCUCCUUCAGCAGAAGCCACACCGGCGGCCGUGGAGGACCAAUACUUCAGCUCCAACCCGCCACCAAAAGCCCUAUCAGAGCACAUCGCUCAGGCCCGCGACUUCAUCGACUUCCACGCCGCCGCAAAACGCCGCGUCGUCCUCGUCACGUCUGGCGGCACGACUGUACCCCUUGAGAAGCAGACGGUGCGGUUCAUCGACAACUUCAGUGCCGGCACGCGCGGUGCCACGUCGGCCGAGUACUUCUUGGAGAACGGCUACGCGGUCGUCUUUUUGCAUCGGCAGUUCAGCCUGCUCCCAUACAGCCGGCACUACAGCCACGCGACCAACUGCUUCCUGGACUUUCUGGACGAGGGGCCCGGCGGCACCGUGGUGGCCAAGCCCGAGUUCGGCGAGAGCAUGCUCAACGUCCUGCGCAAGUACCAGACAGCGACAAGCAAGAAUCUCUUGCUCACAGUGCCGUUUGUCACCAUCGGCGACUACCUGCACGAGCUGCGCGCCAUCGCGAGGCUGAUGCACCGUCUGGGCCCGGAUGGGUUGUUGUAUCUGGCCGCGGCGGCGAGUGACUUCUUCCUGCCGCAGGACCGAAUGGCGGAGCACAAGAUCCAGAGCACCGAUGCGGCGGACGGGGUCAAGAAGGCCUCGUCCUCGCUGAAGACCAGUCCUACUCUGAGCGGUGGUGGUGGUAAUGACGAAGAGUUUGAUAAUUUUGAUUCGACUACCAAGGUGCCGCGGAGUAAGAGGCUCAUUGUGGAUCUUGACCCGGUACCCAAGUUCUUAAAGAAUUUGGUCGACGGGUGGGCGCCCCAGUGCAUGAUCGUGUCGUUCAAGCUCGAGACGGAUCCAGAAAUUCUCGUGCACAAGGCCAAGACCGCCCUAGAGCGGUACAGCCACAACCUCGUCAUUGGCAACCUUCUGUCCACCCGCAAGUGGGAGGUUGUCUUCGUCGCGCCUGGCCGGCCCGACAAGUGGAUCCGCACCCCCGGCAUCGAGACCAAACAGGAUCUCCAUCCCCCGCCUGAGGACAAGCCGCUGGACCCUGCCCUGCUGCCCGAGGGAGAUCCUGAUGUGGAGCUUGAGAGCCUCAUUAUUCCUGCACUGGAAGAGCUGCACACGGCACAUAUUCAGGAGGCAGGGCUGAAGAGUGCUGGAAAUGGUAAUGCUGAAACAGAGACAGUGUAG